AGGAAUGGCUCCUGGCUCUAGGAGGGUGGGAAGUGACUCCUCUGCGCCUGGGCAGCUCUAUACCUUCCAGGACAAGCCUCAGACUGUAGAGGACCUCCCACGUGUCAGUUUCUUGGAGCUGAUGUACAGACUGACUUUUCAGGGUUUCCUCAGCCGUAUACAUGAGCUACAGAUCUAUGAGAAACAGAGACACGGGCCCAUAUACAAAGACGCAUUAAAGUCAGUGUGCAUUACCACUCCAAAGCUGAUGGAGGAAAUCAUGAGGAAUGACGACAAGUUCCCUAACAGAGGAGACAUGUCUCUGUGGCAAGAGCACCGCAACUUGAGAGGAUUUGGCUACGGACAGAGUAAGGCCAACGGAAAAAUAUUUAUCAGCUUUGUUUCCAUUGUGACUCUGCUGAACAAGCUCAUGCUGCAUCUGAAGGACUCUGCACAGUAUGGCGACACUCUCAAUGGCGUUGUUACAGACUUCAUCAAGAGGAUGUACUACUUGCGUCAAUGCAUCCCCACAGGAUAUUUGGUGACUAAUAUGGCCAAUGAGCUCUAUCAUUUCUCACUAGAGGCUAUUGCCUCCAUACUGUUUGAGACGAGGCUUGGGUGUCUGGAAAAGGAAAUCCCUGCCGGUACACAACACUUCAUCAACUCAAUAUCCAAGAUGUUCUCCAACAACUUUGUUGUGAUGUUGCUGCCCAAGUGGAGCCGCGGUAUACUGCCCUACUGGGGGCGUUACAUUGAAGGCUGGGAUGGUAUUUUUAGCUUUAGUGAGUGGCAGCUGAGGUAUGACAAGAAGAUGGAGUUCAUUCAGAAAUGCUUGGAUAACAACGAGGAGGUCAAAGGCGAAUACCUAACAUACCUCCUCUCAAACACUCAGAUGAGCACUAAAAAUGUGUAUGGCAACAUCACCGAACUACUUUUAGCUGGAGUGGGCACAGUAAAGAAACACCAGACCUUCACAUCAACUGCAACUUGACCUCUGACAACAUGCCUAAGAUUCACCCUGAGGCCAAAGCGUUGAUUAUCAAGAAGCUAAAGACCAGAUCCACUGCUGAGAUGGUUGACACAUAUCAAUGUGUCUCAGCGUCAAGUACAAAGAAUAAGAAAAAGAUUUGAAGACUCUGGAGAUGUUUUUGACAAACCCAGAGCCAGCAGACCCCGAAAGACAACUGCUCGAGAGGACCGUUUGUUGGCUGGCACAGCUCCACCAGGCCUGGUCACCUCAACCCGGCCCCCGUGUCAACCCGAACAGUUUGUAGAGUUCUGUCUCGAAAUGGCCUCCAUGGUCGAAUCAGUGCCCAGAAACCAGCACUAAACAAAAGGCAAUUAAAAAAAUGUGUGGCAUUUGCCAAGGCCCACAGCCUGCUAAAAGGAUGGAUGCUGGAAAAGUAGCAGAAGGUGGAUUUUUCAGAUGAAUCUUCAGUUUAAUUACAUCACAGCCGCCGCAAAUAUUGCAGGAGACCUAGUAGAGCCCACAUGGACCCGAGAUUCACUCAGAAAACAGUUAAGUUUGGUGGCGGAAAAAUCAUGGUCUGGGGGUUACAUCCAGUAUGGGGGUGUGCGAUAGAUUUGCAGGGUGGAAGGCAAUAUCAAUAGCCUAAAAUAUCAAGAAGUAUUAGCUACCUCUUACAUUCCCAACCAUAAAAGGGGUCAAAUUUUGCAGCAGGAUGGUGCUCCAUCGCAUACUUCCAUCUCUACAUCAAAGUUCCUCAAGGCGACGAAGAUCAAGGUGCUUCAGGACCGGCCAGCCCAGUCACCAGACAUGAACAUCAUUGAGCAUGUCUAGGGUAGA